AUGUCAUUCAAUAUAACUCACGGAAACACAUACAAAGACAAGCCAACUGGAAGAUCCCUUCCGUUGUACUAUUCACGACACUUUGCACCAACUACUAAUUUCAAAACCAAAAACAAAAAGAGAAUUAUGCUCUUGAAAGGCUUUCUAUUAUCAGUAGUGCUAUACUUGAUCUACUAUUUCGCAUCGCAUACGCUCAACAACCUGCAGUUUACACUAUUCAACAAUGAAGUCGACUGGAAAGAUGUUCAAUUAAAAGUCCGUCAAGCCAUGCUUGAUUCAUGGCACACGUAUGAGAAACACGGAUGGGGCACUGAUGUAUACCAUCCACUACUGGAAACUGGUGAGAAUAUGGGCCCAAAACCAUUGGGAUGGAUGAUUGUAGACUCAAUUGAUACUUUGAUGAUAAUGGAUUGUCCCGAGGAAGUGGAAAGAGCACGUUUAUGGAUCAAAGAUGUAGACUACAAGUUCAACUAUGAGGUCAACAAUUUUGAAACAACAAUUAGAAUGUUGGGUGGACUCUUAUCUGCAUACCAUUUGAGCAAUGAAGAUGAGGUGUAUUUGAACAAGGCAAUUGAACUAGCAUCCUCUUUAGCUGGCGCUUAUGAUAGUCCGAGUGGGUUGCCAUAUGCUUCAGUGAAUUUGCAAACCGGUAAAGGGAUCAAAAAUCACGUCGAUAAUGGUGCAAGUUCAACAGCAGAAGUGGCUACUUUACAAUUGGAAUUGAAAUAUCUUGCAAAAUUGACCGGCGAUGUCCAAUGGUGGGAUAAGGCGCAAAAGAUUAUGCAAGUCUUGGACUCAAACAAUGUGGUGGAUGGAUUAGUGCCAAUCUACGUUAAUGUUGAUACCGGGAAGUAUCAAGGAAAAUUGAUCAGAUUGGGAAGUAGAGGCGAUAGCUACUAUGAAUACUUGAUCAAGCAAUAUUUGCAGACUGGCGAAUCCGUUUAUUAUGAAAUGUAUAGAGAAUCAGUGGAAGGUGUGCGGAAACACCUUGUUGGAAAAUCAAAACCAAGCGGCUUGACAUUUAUUGGUGAAUUGGAGAGAGGAGUAAUUAAUGGUGGCGGUUUAAGCGCUUUGUCCAAUAAAAUGGACCAUCUUGUUUGCUUUUAUGGAGGUACGUUGGCUGUAGGGGCAACAAAAGGUUUGGUUCUAGAAGAGGCAAGAAAACAGCCAUGGUGGGAUGCAGAGAGAGAGGCGCAUUUCAAGCUUGGAGAAGAGUUGACAUAUACAUGUUACAAGAUGUAUCACGAUGUCGAUGCCACAGGGUUAUCACCAGAAAUUGUUGUUUUCAACAAUGACCCUGAAAAGGAUACUGAUUUCUACAUAAAGAGAUUGGAUAGACACAAUUUGCAAAGACCAGAAACGGUUGAGCUGUUGUUUUACUUGUAUAGAAUCACUGGUGACGAAAAGUAUAGACAAUGGGGAUAUGAGAUUUUCAACAACUUUAUGAAAUAUACCAAGGUUGUCAAUGACAAGGGUGAAGUUUCGUUUACUUCAUUAAACGACGUGACAAGUUUCAAUCAAGAUGGAUCACCAAAGAUGAGAGAUAAUACUGAAUCUUUUUGGUUUGCAGAGACAUUAAAGUACUUGUAUUUGUUAUUUGACGAUGCAGACACAAUUGAUUUGAGAGAGUAUGUUUUCAACACUGAAGCACAUCCCUUACCAGUAUUUAAACCAGAUGAAGGGUUUAAAACGUGGUCGAGAGCAAAGUAG